AUGGGACCGGAAUUCACCGAAGGGAAUGCCAUCGCAAAGGGCCCGAAAAAACCAAAGCCGGAACGGAAAACAAUCCAAUGCGCGGUUCCGCCCUCCCACCCUGACUUUGACCGGACCAAAUUCUCCGAUCUGGAACUCAUAGAUCUUCUUCUGUUCGAGAAUAAGGAAAACCAAAUCGCGCUCCGAGCCAGUCAGGAACGGGUAAGCGUCCUCGAGGAUUUGCUCCGGCAACAUAACAUUCCGCUUCCGAGUCCCGUCAAGAUUUCCAUCAAGGAGGUCAUCAAAAGCCCGGCACCUGUUGAGGAUGAAGUGCCCCUUAGAUCUGCCAGAAGAAGGCUAGGGUCUGAUGAGGGGGAACAGGCCAUCGAGGAUAGCGUUGACCAGAGUCAUGUGCAGAUACCCACAAAUGCAGACAAGCGUGCGAGCGUUGCGUCCAUCACUUCCAAUGGUCCAAUUGAUGUAGUUGCCGGGAUGCCAAUCUCACUCAAUUUCAAGACAGAGCUCAUGGCCGCAGCGGCGCUCGAGAGCGAUCGUGCCGUUGAGCCUGUCGAGGAUCACACAGACUCUGCAGUUCUUGGGCGAAGCCAUACAGACCCCAUUAAACUGCCAUAUAGCUUCUCCGGCAAGGAAGAGACCAGCCCGGCUCUAGAACAGCAGCAUUCAUAUGAGAACAUUACACCACAGUAUAUAAGUCCAAGCCUAUUGCAAGAGGAGAUCCCGAUCUCUCUCAGUUCACCAGAUGUUCUGAAACGCGCCGUCAAUGCCCAUAGUCCGAAGGCCCAUAGUCUUGCAAAACAGAAUAGCGAUGGCUGCUUCCAAGUCUCUGCUCUGUACAAACCAAGGAUUAGACACCCAAGUAAAACAGAAGUACCCGCACAAGACAAGGUUCCUUCUGAACUACUCAGUCCAUACGGCAACUCCGAAUAUUCGGAAGCAUCCACGAUCGGAACAAGAGGCUCUCUGCGCUCCAGCGCGAGCCACUUCGAUUCCAUGCGGGACAAUAAACUCGGAUCCAAAGUGGUCCCCCUGACGCCGCAUAUACCACAAACUCCAGAUGCCUUCAGUUCCAGUGCCAUGACCCCGAAUCUUUCUCAUUCGGAUGCCGUCACGCUCAAUUCGGGCUCAUUUUUCGACUCGGCAGCGCCAAUAUCGCCCAUACAACGCACUCCAAAGGGACGACACCGCGACUUCUUCAAAAUACCAAACGCUUUAUCCUUUGGAAGUUCGGAAUCCGUUUCGAAUCGCACAAACACUAAUCCUUCCAGCUUCCAAGUUUUGAGUCCGACUCCCGAUGAUGACGAUGUGCCGCUUUUCAUUAAGCCUGAAGAUUUCCACACCAUCCGGAUUAAGGUGGUAAGUACCAUUUCUGUGAACGCUAAAAGAUCUGAUGAUCCAAAUUGCACAUUUUCCAUCAACGACAAGGCCACUGACAAAGAGAUGUGGCGCAUAAGAAAAUCUUACAGCCAAAUAGUCGCUUUUGAUAACGAGAUACGACCGGUUGUCGAGUUUUUUGGUUUGCCCGUUUUGCCGGACAAGUCUUUAUUCAGCUCUUUCACUCCUAGCAAAGUGGACUCAAGGCUUCGCCUUCUCCAGGACUACUUUAAUACCAUAUUUAACAUGCCUCAUAUUCCUCAAAGUGUUCUUUACAGGAUAUGCCGCUACAUUUCUUUGGAUUUUGUCAAUCCACUCGACGACUUCAAGUCUGGCGCUAAGAAGGAGGGAUUCCUCAUUCGCCGUUACAAAGGUUUAGGCACGACAUGGAAAGUCAGGUGGUGCCAAAUUGAGGGUCCAGCCCUAGAGAUAUACGAACUGCCGGGAGGCUCUCUCAUUGAACAAAUCAAGUUGAACGGAUCUCAAAUAGGUCGUCAGUCAUCCGACGUGGUAGCCGAGGAGAGAGGCUACCGCCACGCAUUUCUCGUGUUGGAAAGCAGCAGAAACUCUAAAAUUUCAAACUCACAACCAAAGCAUUUCUUUUGCGCAGAGACAGACGAAGAGCGUGAUAGUUGGAUCGCAGCGAUGGUAGAUUUUACGGAUAAUGAUCCUUUGCAGAACCCGGAGAAUGGUGGCCACAGCACUUCGAAUCUAAAAGCGCUGGAGGAACUGUCAAUGAAUAGAAUGUCUGGCCUAUACAAUCCUGCUCUUGAUGAGAGUGUUCCCUUCGAAGAGCUCAAGGAACCCUCGACCGUGGACCAACGAGAUUUGAAAGAAGAGAAAAAGAUGAAAAAGAGAAGCAUGUUCCAUUUCAGAUCUCGUGCAUUUUCUGACGAGCUGGUUAAACCUGACUUAGGCCAGCCUCUGCCAAUUCCACAGCCUACAGAAAGUAUGCAAACAUACUUGGAUCAGAUGAAUCUUCACGACGAGCCAGUGGUUAGAGUGUUCGGCCACGACUUAGUCGAGGUAUUCAAAUUGUCACAUCAUGAGUUCAAGGGCCUCAAGAUUCCCAGCAUAUGCUACCGUUGUUUCGAUUUCCUUGACAAGAAGGGUGCCAUAUAUGAAGAGGGAAUAUUUAGACUCAGCGGAUCCGCUUCCGCAAUCCGCCAACUAAAACAAAAGUUCAAUGUCUCUUUAGAUGUUGACUUAUUCGAGACUCAGCUCGCGCCGGAUGUCCACACUGUGGCUGGUCUCUUGAAGGCUUACCUCAGAGAGUUACCUAGCCCAAUCUUUGGCGCCCAGACAUACAACGAAUUGCAAAUGUUGAUUACAGAGAAUUCCGGCGUGGUGCCAAACUCCAGAAUAGCCCUCAUGAUCAAAGAACACUUGCGUAGCUCCAGCAGCGUCAACCCGAUCAAUUAUGACUUUUGUGUAGUCAUCUUCGGUUUCUUGAGAUCUGUGAUCAUGCAGAGCUCAAUGAAUCGGAUGUCGUUGAAGAAUGUGUGCAUUGUGUUUGUGCCUACAUUGAACAUUUCUGUGGAGAUCCUCAGCAUGUGUCUCGUUGAUUAUGAUUGCAUUUUUGGCGAUGCUGAGCCCACUCCUGACCACAAAAGAGAAGUACUCGAUCUACAAAUCCCAACUUUUUAG